CAAUGAGAUUUCCAUUAAUUUGUCGACGUUUUGCCUCAACUUAUGGAGGUCUGACUUCUGAACAAUUUAUGAAAAAUCCUUUAAAUGAGCCUGUUUUGAAGUAUCUUAAAGGAAGUGAAGAGCGAAAAGCGUUGGAAGCAGAAUUGGACAUUUUGUCCCAAAAUGUUGUCCAAGUACCUUUGCCCUUUAAUCAUAGCAAUACAAUCGCUCAUUUUAAUUAUGCUACGGCUGAGGAUAUUGAAGAAGCAAUUAAAGUUGGAAUGGGGGCACGUGAAGCUUGGGAACGGAAAUCUUUAAAGGAACGUGCUGACAUUUUCUUACAUGCAGCUGAUUUAUGUGCUGGCAAAUAUCGAAUGCGUUUGAAUGCUGCAACUAUGCUGGGACAAGCAAAGAAUAUACAACAAGCAGAAAUUGAUUCUGCCUGUGAACUUGUCGAUUUUCUUCGUUUCAAUGCUUACUUUGCUUUUGAAGUAGCUAGUUAUCAACCAAUUUCUACUAAAAUUUAUUCUGAUAGUUUAAUCUAUAGAGGAUUGGAGGGUUUUGUUGCUGCAAUUGCUCCAUUCAAUUUUACGGCAAUUGGAGGGAAUUUGGCAACAGCUCCGGCUUUAAUGGGAAAUGUUGUUUUAUGGAAACCGUCAGACACGGGUUUCUGGCUUUUUUAUUUAAAAAAAUAUUCUUUUUUUCUAGCUGUUCUUUCCAAUUUUAUUGCUUUUGAGGCGCUUUUGGAAGCAGGAAUCCCUCCUGGUGUAAUUUCAUUUUUACCUUCUGAUGGUCCAACUUUUGGGAAUACAAUCUGUUCAAAUCGUCAUUUGGCUGGAAUUAAUUUUACUGGUUCAAUGCCCACUUUUUUGUAUUUGUAUAAUUCUGUGGCUAAAAAUAUGGGGAAAUAUGUAACAUUUCCACGAUUGGUUGGAGAAUGUGGAGGUAAAAAUUUCCAUUUUGUUCAUCCUUCAGCAAAUAUUAAUAUUGUUGUUCCUUGUACUCUUCGAGCUGCUUAUGAAUAUCAGGGACAAAAAUGUAGUGCUUGUUCUCGCUUUUUUGUUCCCCAAAGUUUAUGGCCAAAAAUAAAAGAAGGAUUAAUUAAUUUGGCUAGCCAAGUAAAAAUGGAUGAUGUUCGGGACGGCUCAGUUUUUAUGUCAGCAGUAAUUGAUGAUAAAGCUUUUAAACGUAUAAAAUCUUAUAUUGAUUUUGCGAAAAGUGGGAAUGAUGGAAUGGAAAUUAUUUUUGGAGGAAAAUGUGACGAUUCUAAAGGAUAUUUUGUUCAGCCAACAAUUAUUGAAGUUAAAAAUGUUAAUUCGAAAUUACUUACUGAGGAAAUUUUUGGUCCAGUUUUGGCCGUGUAUGUUUACCCUGAUGGUGAAGAACUUAAAUAUUUAAAAUCUUUGAAAAAUUCGACUCCAUAUGGAUUGACUGGAGCUGUUUUUGGAGAGGAUAAACAAUUUCUUGAAAUUGCUAAAGAUGUUCUUCGAGAUGCUGUCGGUAAUCUUUAUUUGAACGAUAAAUGUACUGGGGCAGUUGUUGGCCAACAACCGUUUGGAGGGGCUAGACAAUCUGGAACAAACGACAAAGCUGGCGGUUUGCAUUAUUUACUUCGUUGGACUUCUCCACAAACAAUUAAGGAAACAACUUCGCCUCAAACUGAAUGGCGUUAUCCAAAUAUGGAUUGA